AUGGAUGCAGCGAACAAGCAAUACGCACUGCGAGACAGGGCAGAACUCUCGGCGUUCGUUAAUCAACCGUUUAGAAACAACAGUCGCAUUAAGUUCACCUGUUUCGAUUGUUCACCGAAGUACUUCGUCUUUGGGGCCAAUUCCGGAAGUCUUUAUCUGUACGAUCGCCUGUCGACUAGCUUUCUAGCCAUCUUUCCUAGUCAAUUGGGCACCAUCGGGAAGGUGUCUAUAUCGCACAAUGAAAAGCAGAUCGCCGUUGGCAACCAAACUGGAUCAAUUGGUGUACUGUUGGAGCUGGAACCACCGCACGUUAAGGAGAUCCUUAGUACCGAACUUGCGUCAACCACCGACGGUGAUGGGCAACCGCUCGAAAUGGCUGAACCCGCUUUCGUAACCAGCUUUUGCUGGACGGAGGACGAUAAGGAGCUGUACUGUGGCGACUCACGGGGUGUUGUAUCGCUGAUACAAUUUUCCUUGUUCAUGGGUCGAAACAUCCUCAACAUAAGUCUGCAUCCAGUGCUGUUGCUCGACAAUCGUAUAGUACAAAUCGAUCGCUACAAAGAUCUGUUGUUGGUAUCCACACUUUCGAAGUGUGUCCUUUGUAAUACCGCGAGAGAGGAAUUUAAACAGAUCGGUAACCGACCAAGAGACGGACAGUACGGGGCAUCCUUUGUAAUUGCACAACCAAAUAGUAAUGUCGGCUCUACAACUCCUUCUCCUCCACUCAUGAUCGUCGAUGAGGAGGAUGUUCGGAUAUUUUGCUCACGGCCCGGUAGUCGUCUUUGGGAAGCGGAUCUCGAGGGAAACGUGAUUCGCACUCAUCAGUUUAAACAAGCAGCUGCUAAUCGACGCCAUAGGGAGUUGCAGUGUUUGCAAGAAUCCAAACUAGAUUUGGUUGGAUCAACUGAAAAUUCGACCGAUGGUACGAUGAUGGUUGUGCCGUUCCAGGUGCUCUAUUCAAUUCGUCGGCAACUUCUGUUGGUGCACGAUCGCUGUCAGCUGUUGAUAAUUGAUCCUCUCCAGUCGAGGAUUGUUUUGCGCACCGAUGAGUUCACGGACAUUACUCACGUGGCGGUAGUAGAUGAGUGGAUCUAUCUGCUUACCGGGGAGAACCGAGUGUUUCAAAUGCGUGUCGAAAUCGAAGGUGACGAGGACCCACAGUCAUCAUCUGGUGCAGAUGAUCGCAGCUCGUAUAAUACUUCACCCCUGCAACCAAUACUAGAAUCGCGAAAGCAAAAGCAAGGUGUGUAUAUUCUCGACAGCAUGCUGAACAACAAUGGGAAGCAACUGAACGGGAAGGAAAGCCCUUUACUGCUAUCCACGGAAGCAACCAUUAAGGAAGCGCUUGUAUCAGUCGUUCGUGGCAAGUAUGGGCGUAACAUUAAGCAAAUGUUUAUGGGAUACGAGCAACAUCAGCAGCACAAUACACAAAACAGUACCCCAGUGCGACCGAAAACACUCAACCUAACGAAGAUCUAUGAACCGAGCCGUUCGAACGUGUUCACGAACGGAAAUGGACAUGCACUGCUGGCCGAGUUUGGCAUUGAAGCAGAAGCGGAAGAAGAUUUAGAAUGCGAUGAUAUGAUCGAAGAACUGGUACGCACCCGCACCGGUCAAACACUCGGCCCAAUGCCCAACGGUGAUGGGAUGAAGCUGCAAGGGAAAAAGAAAUUUUCCACCUCACUGCUCGAUGGGUACGAAACGUCGGAAGACGAUGCGACGGUGCGGAACCUAUACCUAAUUUUCCGAUCGUCCAUCAUUAGCAAUCUGAACUUUGCUGAUCGAUACGCGAAAAUAUUUGACGAUUACGACACGGAAUCGAUAGUGCGUUUAUUGCGCAAGUUGGAAAAUCUAAUGGAGGAAAAUGAGGAAAUGAACGCGCGCGUUAAGUGUGUGCGUAUAUACUUUAACUAUCUGAAACCGGAGUUGCUGUGGGAAAUCGACACCGACUCGCGGCAGUUUAUUAAGAAUGGAUUCAUUCUGUGCAACACGACGGAACCUAACGAUCGGGCAUGUUUGAGCGGUUUGAUGAAAUGUUCGGAGUGUGGGUAUUAUCUGGAGGCGACAACAACGUGCCAUUACCAGGAGAUAGGAACCAGCCUGAUGCAGUACUAUUGGUCUCGCAAGGAGUACGACGAGUGUUUCGCGAUGGUAAAACAAGUUCCUUACUUGUGGCGUACGAUCACCCGUUACUACAUUCAAGAUCGGCGCGAGGAUAAGGUGGUAGCAUGCGUUUGGAACUUGGCCGAUCGGGAGCUAUUUGAACGAGCAGCUGGUGAGCUUCCCUUCCAGGUGGACCACUGGAGGAAGCUGUUUGAGUUAGUUGCAGCUUAUCAUCAACGAUACGAGAUGAUCUGCUUGAGCUGUGAUAAACCGUGCGCACGACCGUGUGAGAAGAAUAUGCUACAACGCGACAAUACAGUAACCACGCUGCUCGACGGCGACAGGUUGGUUGCAGAAAAAGAAAUCGAAUCUCUGUUCCGACAGUGGAACUAUUUGCUAGGUGUUGCACUAUCGCACUUCAGGUCACCACUCGAACUGUUAAAUUUGGUUCGGCAUUACGCGGACAACAUUCCUCGGGGAGCGAUUGCUCCCAGCUUCUACAUUCGAUGUUUGCUGCUUGAAGCAAAUUAA